CUCUCACUUAACCUCCACAUAGUGCUCGACAGGAAGUGACUUUAAAUUACUUUUCAAAAACAAUCGUGCCAAUGACAUGUCCAGUGUCCGGCGUCUCUGUUGACAGCGACACGGAGGUGUUUAGUUGCACUUUGUGAUCGUCGCCGCCGCCGCAAACAGACGGAGGAGUUACCAAAGUCCCUGACACGCUCCAGCGAUGGUGACUUUACGCACGGGAUUUGAAGGCAGUUUGAAGUGACUCAUCUGCGCUGAAUCUCUGUGACCGUCGCUUCGAAGAAUCUGCAAAGUUUUUCCCCCAAACAAGGACGCAAGCGAGGAGUCGAACACGUGAAUCCAGGUGACGUUCAUGAAUUUUAUAGUCACCAACAAGUGAGCAGAGGGUGUUGGAGUUGAAGUCUCUUAUUUCUAAUGAUGUCUUCCAUGCACACAACGCCUCCCUUUCACACACCAUCUGAGGAAGAGGAAGCAACGGGGCAGGACAACACGCCAUGGGCCAAGCAUGAGCAAGAGGGCCCGAAGGAGACAGCGUCGCCCUCGUCACAUGACCAACUCCACCCUGACGAGCUACAGCCAAUCAGAGAGAGAAUGACAGAUACCGAGUGGGAGAACGUCGGGCCUGCUGUGAUGGACAAUGAACGCAAUAAAGGCUGCUCAGUCUACUCCUACCAGACUAACUCUACCUCUCCACACAAGCCAGAGGAGUGUUCCCGGGAUCGGGGGGAGGCCAUGAUCGGCCUCACAUUUGGGACGCCGGAGCGUCGCAAAGGCAGCCUCGCAGACGUGGUGGACACACUGAAACAGAAGAAGCUUGUGGAGCUGACCAAAACAGAGCAAGAUGAACCGUCUUGCAUGGAGCGGCUCCUCUCCAAGGAAUGGAAGGAGCGUGUUGACUGCUUGAACGCCACUGAACUGCUGGCGGAGGUCAAAGGUACACCAGAGUCCCUGGAGGAGAAGGAGCACCAACUUUCCACCAUGAUCAGCCAGCUGAUCAAUCUGAGAGAGCAGCUCCUUGCCGCCCAUGAUGAGCAGAAAAAGAUGGCCGCCUCACAGCUGGAAAAGCAGAGACAACAGAUGGAGCUGGCCAGGCAGCAGCAGGAGCAGAUUGCCAGACAGCAGCAGCAGCUCGUGCAGCAGCAGCAAAAGAUAAACAUUCUCCAGCAGCAGAUCCAGGUCCAGGGUCACAUGCCUCCGCUGAUGAUCCCACUGUUUCCUCAUGACCAGAGGUCCUUGGCUGCUGCUGCUGCUGCACAGCAAGGAUUCCUCUUCCCACCAGGCAUGUCCUACAAGCCAGCAGGUGAUAAUUAUCCCAUGCAGUUCAUUCCAUCUUCAAUGGCAGCUGCAGCAGCAUCUGGAAUCAGCCCAUUACAACUACAGCAGCUGUAUGCAGCCCAGCUGGCAAGCAUGCAGAUCUCACCAGGAGCCAAGAUGACUCCCCUCCCGCAAGCUCCCAACUCCUCCGGUCCCCUUUCCCCCUCUGCCUUGAAGAAUGAGAAGCGGGCUUCCAGUCCUAUCACUCAUAUUAAGGAGGAAGGAUCCACACAGCCACUGAACCUCUCCGCCAGGCCUAAGACAGCUGAGGCUCUUCGCUCCCCAGCAUCCCCAACACAGGGUCUGUUCUCUGGGAGUAAGACCAGCCCUUCAGGCAUGGGCAAGGGCUGCAUCCCUAGCCCUAACCCCCACAUGGGCAGGAACACCUCUCUUGACAUCCUGUCCAGUCUAAAUUCCACAGCGUUUGGGGACCAGGACGCAGUGAUGAAGGCCAUCCAAGAGGCCAGGAGCAUGAGGGAGCAGAUCCAGAGGGAGCAGCUCCACCAACAGCAGCAGCAGUCAGGACACCAGAGUCUGGAGGCCAAGCUGUCUGCCCUCAGCAGCAUGACCCUCAACAAUGGCAACAAGGAGAGGUUGCACUAUGAGACACUGAGCCAGCACCUGGGGAAGCUUGGAGAGGAUGCUGGGAAAAUGGUCCACCGAGUCAUUGACCUGACAAGACCAGAAGAUCUGGAUGGGAGUAACAUCACCGAGGCACGGGUGUUCAGGGAGGCACGAGGCAGGAACAACAACGAGCCCCACAUCAAGAGGCCCAUGAACGCCUUCAUGGUCUGGGCUAAAGACGAGAGGAGGAAGAUCCUGCAGACGUUCCCGGAUAUGCACAACUCCAACAUCAGCAAGAUACUCGGCUCCCGUUGGAAAGCCAUGACCAACCAGGAGAAACAGCCAUACUACGAGGAGCAGGCCCGCUUAAGCAAGAUCCACUUGGAGAAAUACCCCAACUACAAAUACAAGCCGCGGCCCAAGAGAACCUGCAUCAUUGAUGGCAAAAAGCUGCGCAUCGGCGAGUACAAACAGUUGAUGCGGUCACGACGUCAGGAGAUGAGGCAGUUUUUUGUGGGGCCCCAGCCAUCAAUUCCUCUCGGUAACAGCCCAGGUGGAGUUUACCCAGGUGCCAUAAACAUGGCAACAGCAGCCACACCAUCCCCACACCUGACCUCAGACUGCUCCAGCAACUCGGUCAGCCCCGAACCAGCCAUCCCCGUCAUUCAGAGCACGUACGGGGUAAAGACCGAGCCCGGCGGUGGCGGCGGUGGCGGCAGCAACGGCGGUAGAGUCCGAGCUUUGGAUAUGCCCAGCAAUCCCACCAAUGGAGAUGAGGACAUGGACAUGUACGAUGACUUUGAAGAUGAGCCCAAGUCAGACUAUAGCAGCGACCAUGAGACACGGGAAGUCGUCAGUGCCAACUGAGUGUGCUCAGGGUGCCAGUUGUAAAAAGAAGAAGAAAAAAAACUCCUGUUAUACGCAGAAACACUUUUUAAAACAUAGUUUAUUACAGAGACCUCCAGGCAACUCUUCAGGACGUGCUGUGUCAUGCACUGAGCAUGCCCACACAGGAUUUAAACUAAACGCUGAAAACAUUUUUGGACAAUGUACUAAUGGAUGUCCAGUUGAAGGAGAGGGCUGCUGGGAAGAAUGUGACAUCCAUUCAGCUGACGAUGAACUUCAGUUUCUACACGGUGACAAUCUUCAUAGGAGUGAACAAGAGUUAGGGGAGAGAGAGUGAGAGAGAGAGAGAGAAUGGGACGAAGAACAAAUGAACGACAAACACAUCUUUGUGUGGUUUGUAAAGAGCAUGCAUGGAUUUUGAAGCAUCAGGAAUUGGUCUUCAACGGCUAUUUGGUCUUAAAUGUUUAAGGAGUGAUUUAGUUUUUAUCAUUAUGUAUUUACUUUUUAGAUUUUUGUUUUGUUUUUUUAGACUUUUGUUGUUGUUUUGUUGUCUAUAGACUUUUGUCUGACAGGUCUCUGCCUGUACAAACUCUGGACUUGAAAUUUGAAAAGUUUUAAUAUAAACCCUAGCUCUUGUAAUCUUAUAGUCUUACUUUUGUUUCUUACAAAUACAGUGCAUUUACAUCUUUUUUUUUUUUUUUUUUCUGACAAACUGCUUACAUGACAUUUUUUUUUCCUUUCUUUUUCUUUUUUUAAAUAUCCCAGCUCAGGUAUGAUGUGCCAGCUUGUGAAUGUGUUUCUUUCUUUUUUGUUUGUUUUAUUUGUUUUCAUACAAAACGAGUGGUAGGAAUAUACAGACUGUCAAUGAAAGGAACAAAAUCCCUUAUAUCACAUUAUUAUUAUUAUAUUAAUUAUUAUUAUUAUUAUUAAUAUUAUUAUUGUUGUUGUUAUUAUUCAUAACUUAAGUACCCAGACAUUAUACAAAUUGACUUCAAAUGUGCCAAACCUACAUUCACAUUCACUUGGGAUGUUCUAGUCUUAAGUUACAGUGCUGCAAAAAAGUCUUACACAAUCAGCUUUUUCCUUUCUGAUGAGAUGAGUUCCUGCUUGGUAACUGCUGCCUCCCCCUCUGGCCCAGUCUCAGCCAGAGCUCAGGGACAACGUGUUUUCAUCACACUCGCUCAGUCAUUCAGUCUCUCUGUCUCUCUGUCUCACUCUCUCUCUCACGCACACACUCAACAACACACAAACACAAGAAUGCACAGUUUGUGUAGCUGUCUGGCAGACUGCUCGUCGUAUUCCACUGCGUUGGUGCUUUCAUAAAUCAUAAUGCCCAAAGUUCCUCGAGGCCAAACACAUUGUGCAGCAAAGUUUCGGCACAGUGAGGAACCCCGAACAUUUACCAUUCAUAUCUGACAAUAAUUGGUCUAAAGGCAAAGAUAUGUUUUUGGCCAGACAGACAGAUCCGUCUCAAAAGCGUUGAACCUUCAUUGACUGUUCAUUCAGCAUCAUAACACAGGAAGUAGAAGAUAUUAUACUGUAGGAUAAGAGAUUGAAAUGUUCUGGAUCCCUUUACUGUUUUGACUUGUAUUUUAAAUUGGUACAAAAAUGUGCAAAAUGUUCAUAUUUUAUUAGCUUGUUCAUAUUUUUUAAAUGUCUUCUCAGCAUCGACCGAAACAUCCAAGUGGUGUUUUAAUAAUAAUAAUAAUUUAUAUAUAGUUACAAAGGGGUCAAAUAGGUAUUUUACGUCGCAUGUAUAUUUUGAUGACAAGUGAAAUAUUAAGAGAUAAAAGUAGCAUCUUCUUCACAAGCAGCCUGGUCAGAGCACACACGUUUCUCCACAGUCUGGUGUUCCUCUUUCACGCUGGUGUCAGCACCAUGCUGGGUUUGCACGCUUUUUUCUGCUAUUUUACUCACAUGUCACAAUCUUUCUCUGGAGACACAUAUUUCUUUUCUCCACACUCAAUUUUAAAGGUUUCCAUUUUGAUCGCCUGCGUCUUCAGGUGGUUUCUGGGUGCUCUGUUUAGCUGACUUCAUAUUUCUCUUCAUGACCAUAUCUUGGAGUUUUUGAUUGGUAAAGCUUCACAAGCUGGGACUAAACAUUGUGUUUCGCUUGCAUCACAGGGAAAUAAGCCUCAUGUUAGUGUUGUACGCAUCAUAAGCACUGGAUAUGAGUUGUAUGUUUUUUUUUUUUGUUUCAUUUUUUUUAGUAUUGACUAAUGUGAAGUUGUUUAAUUUUCAUCCUGCUAAAUUAGAACAGUCAAAAGUCGUCUGUGCUCUCGAGGAAGCCUUGUACAUGUCGAGCACCAGUAAACUGCCAUUGCCAUUUUCUCUAGAAUCAUUUCAUUUAUUUAAAUACAUUUUGUUGCCUAAAGUAGUCACAUCACCUCUGAUCUUCAGAAAGGUAACCUCAUGCUCUUGUCAGUUGUGACCUGCAGAAACAGAAUACAGGUUUUAUUGUCACACGCGUUUUUUUUUUUGUUUUUGUUUUUUUUUGUGAUGAGUAUUGUAUUUGAAAUUCAAUUGUGCGUUUUAACAUUUCAUUGUAUUUAUUAGCCAGCUUUGGCUCUAAAAGUGUCAGUACAACUUGGUGAGAAAGACAAUCAAAAAAAUAAUAAUAAUAAAUGAAUAAAAAUUUAAGUCAA